UUCGCUACCACUGUCACAGUCGCUGCCGUUAUCAGUCAAUUCAUUCCUGGACCCGACUAAGUAUGCCAUCCGAUGUGGCUCGUCCCUGCGCCUCUUGCUCCCAGAUUUCAGCCCCCUGCUGCCAACUUUGUCGCUGGUGCGUUCAUACGUCUCCCGGUAAGCACGCUUCACCAUACUUACUAAGGCGACAAUUUUAUGAAACGGAUUCCCACUAAAUGCCAUCUAUCUCAAUAAACCGAGCUAUCUCUCAUUUUCAGAACUGAAUUAUAAACCAAAAUAACUCUAGGGGACUCAUGUGCAGGGGACCUGAUUUGGGGAUGGGAUAUAAUAUAUAACGAGUGGUGGUAAACGCUCACUUGAGGCUCAACAUAACCUACAACGAUGGACUCCUACCUGAUACCCGGCUCAGCUGUUCUCGGCGUGUCGCUCGUCCUGGGUGUCUGUGCGACUCGAGUCUGGAGCAAACCCACCACCCCUCAUCUUCCUCCUGGCCCGAAAGGGCACUUCCUCUUCGGAAGCUCUUUCGACAUAAAUGCUGCUGACCCCGGAUCGUCGUUCGCUCAGUGGGGACGCGAGUAUGGCGAGCUCGUCCACGUCCGCCACUUUGGCAGAGAUCUCAUGAUCAUCAACUCCGAGCGCAUCGCACAAGACCUACUCGAGCGCCGUUCGCGCAUAUACUCGGACAGGGUAGAUUACUCGCCUAUCGAGUCGUACGGAAUGCUGUUCAACUCGGCCAUGAUAAACUACAACGACGCCUGGCGCUUCCACCGCAAGAUGAUGAACCAGCUCAUGCGCCCAGUCGCUAUCCCCAACUAUCACGGUGUCAUGGUUGACGCUGCUCACACCCUCGUGUCUAAGUUGAAGGACACUCCCGAGAAACACUGGGCACACAUUGACGGGUACGCCGCAAGAAACGUCAUGGAGGUCAUCUUCGGUCGCGGCAUCGAACAGGAUCAGGAACGACUUGUCACAACGUUUUCUGAGGCCGCCACCUGCUUCAUGGAAUCGACGUCAGAUGUGUUUCUUGCUAUGGUGAAAACGUUCCCGAUGCUCAAAUACGUACCAACAUCGUUCCCCGGCGGGCGUUUCAACGCUGCAGAAGCAAAAGAACGAAUGAAUGCUUUCAAAUCAACGGUAUAUGGACUACUGCAAGAAAGCAACGAGGAUAACCUACUGCUACAACAGGAAAACCAGGACGAGGUUAAGAACGUCUCCGCUACGGCAUUUAUAGGUGUACCCCAUUGCGUGACAGAAGACGACCAUUAUGAAGGCUACUUCAUUCCGAAAGGAACGGUGCUAGUCGGCAACGCAGGGGGCAUGCUGCGUGACCCUGUGCGUUACCCUAACCCAGAAAAGUUCUCUCCGGAACGCUUUUUGAACGAAGACGGAUCGCUCACCGACGACGAUGUGCCCGCUGCGUUUGGAUUCGGCCGACGAGUGUGUCCGGGCCGAUACCUCGCGGAUUCGAGCGUUUGGAUGGCGAUCGUUUCGAUGCUCGCUGAGCUUGACAUCAAGCCGGCCAAGGACGAAGAGGGAAAUGCGAUUGUGUUUGAGCCUGAAUGGAAUCACUCGCUCAGCUCUCGACCCAAGCCGUUCCCUUGCAGCAUUGUCCCUCGAAACUAGGCGUAUACAGUAAUGUGGGAGUAUGAUAAUAAUGUUCAAGCCUGGAAUUACAGCAAUCCCAGACACUGAUAUGUACAAAUAAUAUCAUUGUGUUUCAUUACC